UGCGAUGCGGAAAAAUAGGGGCGACGGAACACAGUCAGGCCGUUUACAACCACGAAGAAGAACAAAGUCCUCCAGACAGUAGGUGGCACUGUAGCGCCACCCGUGUCCAAUAAGAGGCACUGAAGCGCUCUUUUUUUCACCAUGCGAUACAGAAGCUGCGAGGCGGUUGAGUUAAAAAAAAAAAAGUGGCAAUAUGGCUGCCGAAAAAGACAACAGCGCCGUGCUAACGUUUCUCCGAGGUUUAACGCUGCUGAAGCAAGGAGCGGAGGCUCGCGUUUACCGCGGGGAGUUUUUAGGGAAGCCGGUGAUCGUAAAAGAGCGAUUCCGGAAAGAGUAUCGGCACCCGACACUGGACGAGAAGCUCACGCACCGUAGGACCGUGCAGGAGGUGCGCUCCGUGCUGCGCUGCCGCAAAGCAGGCAUCUCCACACCCGUUGUCUAUUUCGUUGACUACACGUCCCAUUGCGUCUUCCUCGAGGACAUCGUGGGGUCGGUCACGGUCAGAGACCACGUUAACUCUGCCCAGAGGUCAGAAACGGGCCGUGGCGGUCUGGAAGCUCUGGCCGGAAAGAUCGGGCAGAUUCUCGCCAGGAUGCAUGACGAAGAUGUGAUUCACGGCGACCUCACGACAUCCAACAUGCUCCUGAGGGGGCGACCUGAGAGCGGGGAACCGGACUUGGUGCUGAUCGACUUUGGGCUCAGUUACGCUUCGGCGUUGCCGGAGGACAAGGGGGUCGACCUGUACGUUCUGGAGAAGGCUUUCCUGAGCACGCAUCCCAACACGGAGGCGCUCUUUGACGCGCUGCUUAAGAGCUACACGGCCGCUUCGAAGAAGUCGUCGGCCGUCAUCGGUAAACUCAACGAAGUUCGAUUAAGAGGAAGGAAGAGGUCCAUGGUUGGCUAGCGGCGAGUCCUCUUUAACAAAAUUGGGGGCUUAACUUUGACUGAAAAGUACUGCUUUAAGGGUGCAUAUGUUAUACGUUUCCUGUCUGCAAUGCGAACGUACAACAAAAAGCGUUUCAUCCUGUGUUGAAGACUUCAGUAUCGCCAAAAUAAAGUGCAGUUCUUAUACAGGGGUUGUUUGAACGGUGAGACGUGGUAAAGUAAAUCAUACCUGUCAACAACUUUUUCAAUAAAAACAUUA